GCAAAACGCACCGUCCUGGUCACAGGCUGUUCCGACGAUUCGCUCGGAUCUGCACUCGCACUCGCUCUGCACAAUCAUGGCGAUCUGCAGGUCUUCGCAGCGGCGCGCGAUACUUCCAAGAUGACCGCACUUUCCUCCGCCGGCAUUCAAACGCUAGCGCUGGAUGCCACGUCGUCAGAGUCGAUCAAGUCGCUCGUUGAAGAGAUCACGCAAUUGACUAAGGGCAAAUUGGACAUCCUCAUCAACUCCGUUGGGGGCGGCCAUUACCAACCCUUCCUGCAUCUGGACAUCGACAAGGCAAAGCAGCUCUUUGAUGUGAACGUAUGGGGGUUUGUUGCAACAACACAAGCCUUCCUGCCGCUACUGCUCGCCAACGCCGAGCCCGGCAAGAAGGGACGGAAGAGCAUAGUCGUGAACAACACAUCAAUCUCCUCCGUCUUACGCACACCAUACCACUCAGCCUACUCGGCAUCGAAAGCCGCAAUGGCAAUGUUCAACGACAUCCAGCGCAUCGAGUUAGAACCUCUGGGCAUCAAAGUCGUGGACCUGAAGACUGGCUCCCUUGAGUCGAACUUCGGCGAGAACAAGAGCAACCCUUACGAGCUACCAGAAGACUCACCAUACCAGCCCAUCAAAGACGAAGUCCUCAAAGUCAUCACUGGAGAGACGACAGAAGCGUAUGCCGAGGAUAGGAAGGCGUGGGCGAAGAACGUAGUGAAAGACCUGAUGAAAAACCCUGAUAGUCCGCCGCCACAGAUUUGGAGAGGCGGCGCGGCCGGCACGGUC